AUGAGGCUGGUGAGCUGGAACGUGAACGGGCUGCGGGCCGGGGCGGGCUCUGCGGGGCUGAAGCGGCUGCUGGCGGCGCUGGACGCGGACGUGGUCUGCUUGCAGGAGACCAAGAUCACCCGGGACCUGCUGGGGGAGCCGUUGGCGAUUGUGGAGGGCUACAGCUCCUAUUUCAGCUUCAGCCGUAAGCGCAGUGGCUACUCAGGGGUUGCAACGUUCUGUAAAACCGGGGCUACCCCGGAGGCAGCAGAGGAGGGUCUGUCCGGGCUGUUCACCAAACAUGGCGGGGCGGUUGGCUGCUAUGGAGACACGGACGACUUCACGCCCGAGGAGUUGCAGGCACUGGACAGCGAGGGCCGAGCCGUGGUCACCCGGCACCGUAUUUGCACCUUGGGAGGGCAGGAGACCACCCUGGUGCUCAUCAACGUCUACUGCCCUCGUGCCGACCCUGACAAACCGGAACGCGGGGACUUCAAGCUGCGAUUCUACCGCCUCCUGCAAGCGCGGGCGGAGGCCCUCCUGAGAGCCGGCAGCCAUGUGGUUAUCCUGGGAGACAUCAACACGGCUCACAAGCCCAUCGACCACUGUGACCCCGGGGAUCUGGAGUCCUUCUGGGAGAAUCCCGGGCGCCGCUGGCUGGACAGUUUCCUGUGGGAGCCCGGCACGGACUCCCAGGACGAGAAACCCUUCGUCGACACGUUCCGCUUCAUACACCCCCGGCAGGAGGAUGCCUACACCUGUUGGUGCAACCUGACGGGCGCCCGGCAGACCAACUACGGCACCCGCAUCGACUACAUCCUGGCCGAUCGCGCUCUGGCGCUGUCCGAGUUGAAGGACGCCCGGAUCAUGCCGGAAGUCCUGGGCUCGGACCACUGCCCCGUCCAGGCGCAGCUGAGAGCCCACUUUGUGGCCGCCCCCGUCUGCCCGCCGCUCUGCACCCGCUUUCUGCCUGAAUUUGCCGGCACCCAGCAGAAGCUCAGCCGCUUCCUGGUGAAGGUGGAGCAGACCAGCCUGCCGGACGGCCCCCCGAAACGGAGUGGGACUGAGCUGAGCCUGCGGGGGGAUCCUAAAAAGAGACGGACCGGCCCCCUGAAGAAGGGACAAGGGGAUUUGCGCAGCUUCUUCCGAGCCAGUAGUAACAGCGCAGCUGGGGUAUCCGAUCUGGGCAGGUGCCCUUCAGGAUUGAGCGUAAUUCAGAAGGGAGCAGAGGAUUCUGGGAAAGCGACUCCUGUUGAUGCCGCUAAAAGGACGGGCGAGGGGUUGGCGGUGGGAAAAGCCGUUCGCGUACCACGGGAGACCGCGGCGAGCUUGAGAGAGGAACCCGCCGUGGAUGUGAGCAGCGAGGAAACGAAGAACUGUGGGGACAAUCCCGCUCCCUCCGGACCCGACCAGUCGGCUGCCCUGUGGAGAUCCCUGUUGCCGGGCCCCGCUCGCCCACCCCACUGCAAGGCCCACGGGGAGCCCUGUGUUUUGCGGACGGUGAAGAAGCAAGGGCCGAACUGUGGGCGGCGUUUCUACGUCUGCGCCCGGCCUCUGGGGAAGCCCUCCGAUCCCCGUGCGCGCUGCGACUUCUUCCUCUGGGCCCCUCGGGGGAAUCGGUAGAUUAGGGGCCAGUGGACCCGAGAGGACACUGGUCUUGGUGGACUCCAGCAGGAAAAGGAAGAAUGUCACCUCGAAUGCGUGGGACCAGGGCUUGUUCAUCUCUUAGUAGGGGAGGCACCCGGGAGGGCACACUGGGGCCAAGGCUCGGGGCCGAGUGCUCUAGCUUGGAAUUGGUGUGACGCUCCUUGAGAUGCACAUAGAGAAACUCGCCACUCGUAUCCCAAGGGGUUGGACCCACCUUAAAUUCCAUGCAAGUUCUGAAGGCUUCGAUGGGAGACCUAGGCAAGGACUACUCUUUCAGCUUCAGGAAUCUCCCGUCUUGUCAUAGAUCUUGAUGUUAAGGUUUUGUGGAAACCUUGGGAUUUAUGUGCGGGCCACCCUAGCUGGUUGUAAACAAGUAACUCAGGGUGGUCAGGGCCUCUCCUGUGCCCAUUGAAGGGUGCUGAAUGUGGGUGUUCGUCCGCGUUCUCUUCUGUUGCUCAUGUGUCCCUGUUUCAUUUUGUCUUUUCUACACGUUUUGCUCCCUCUAGUGGACGAUUCGAUAUUACAUCUGUGUAUGUCCGUCAUAUCGACCUGCAGAUCUAAACUGCAGGUUUUUAUGCCGGACAUACAACAGUGUAAUAUCAAAUCAACCACUAUAGGGGGAAGAACACAUACGGAAAAGAAGAAAACGAAAGAAUAGGGACACACAGACGACAAAAAUGAGAAUGUGGAAGAGCCCUGGGUCUGCUGGCCCCAUCUGGUUUGGAUGUAGGGCUCUUGAGCGCACUGGAACACAUCUCUCUGAUUUCCCGAUACUUCUUUUAAACUGACCGUCUUUCCUAAGAGAUGGCUCAUCAGUACAUUGGACUGUGCGUAAUUGUUUCUUUGUUUAAG